AUGGCCACGACGCCGGGCGGCAACGCGGACCGCCGUCGCGCGGGCUCCAACUACUUCCAGCUGGACGCCGACCGCAAGCGCAACGCGUCGACGAACCGCAGCCACUUGAACCACGGCGAAGGCCGCGGUACGUUUGGCGAGCGGCUCAGUAUGAUGGACGUCGUGGCGCCCAUGACCCCGGGCGGCCGCGAGGUGCGCGGCGGCGGCCUCGAAGGCGACUUUGCCGACGAAAUGUCCAUUGACUUUUGCUGCGAGGUGCUCUACAACAAGUUUGGCUUCCAGACGGGCUCAGUGGACAACCAGCGCGAGCACGUGCUGCUCUUGCUCGCGAACGCCAAGGCGCGCUUGCGGCCGCAGGACCCGCCGGGCCACCACGUCGUGGCGCUGCACAAGAAGCUCAUUAGCAACUACACCGAGUGGUGCGAGUUCCUCCACGUGUCGAGCGUCACGUACGUGGGCGAGGCGCGGGGCGACCUCAAGAGCUCGCUCCAUAUGGACAUUAUGCUGUUUUUGCUGCUGUGGGGCGAGGCCGCCAACUUGCGCCACAUGCCCGAGAGCUUGUGCUACCUCUACCACCAGUCGCUCACGCUGUUGAACCAGGACUUUCUCGGGCAGCAAAAGGUAUCGGAAGGCUGGUUCUUGCGCCAGGUCGUGCGCCCGAUCUGGAAAGAAGCGAGCAACAUGCAGCGGAAGAACAGUCUCGGCAAGAACUUGGAGCACACGCAAGUGCGCAAUUACGACGACAUUAACGAGUACUUUUGGAAAAAGUACUGCCUCAACAUUGACCUGACGCAGAUUGGGGCCGAGCUGACCAAGAAACACACCAAGACGUACUACGAACAUCGCAGUAUCUUUACGCUCGUGCUGAAUUACUACCGCAUUUUCCAGUUCAACAUGAUGUUCAUGAUGGUGCUCAUGGCCAUUGGCUUCAUCACAGCGAUCUCGCCCAGCGGCGGACAACAGUGGUUUGCCCAGUUUGAGUCCAUGGGCGAAGUCGUCAAGCCGUACCGGCAGCAAGAUGUCAAGCUCACGUACGUGGGCAUUGUGUUUGCACUUUCAUCCAUGGGAUUCUCCAAGACUGUUCUUGAAGCGUGCCACGGCUGGCAGUUGCUCACUGCUAGUGAGUCGUCGCAGACAUCGUCGCGAUCGCUCAACUACGGUGGCGCGCUGGUACUUCGGAUGCUUUGGAAUGGCGCAUUUGCAGGCAUUUUUGGCUUGAUGAUCUACACGCCGCUUAUCACGCGGAACAAUACGGAGCUACUGGACAUGGCUGCGCCAGCGACGGUAGCCUACAUAUUGCCGGGUGCGUUGAUUAUUAUCGUCCAGGCCUUUGCACCAUCGAUGAUCACGAAGUCGUUUGCAGCCAAGUUCAUUCGCGAGGGUGAAUCCUGCUUUGUUGGACGCAACAUGGCGCCUCCAUUGCAGUUCCAGAUUCGGUACAUCAUAUUUUGGUUGGUGCUGUGGUCGCUGAAGGCGUUCGUGUCGUAUUUUAUCCUGGUUCGUCCGCUGGUGCUCCCGUCGCUCGCCAUAUACGAAAUGAAACUCGAGUACGGCAGCGACGUGGUGUCUUUCCACAACUUUGGUGUGAUUGCCGCGUUGUGGUUGCCGGUGAUCUUCAUCUUUAACUACGAUACCCAGAUUUACUUUACUGUGUUCCAAGCUUCGCUUGGUGGCAUCCAAGGUCUGAUGAUGAAGACCGGUGAGAUUCACGGCAUCAAGGAGAUAACUAAGGCUUUCCGCGUGGCUCCCCAGCUUUUCGAUCAAAAGGUGGUGACCAAUCUCGCUCGCUCGAACGAUGCUGCUGCCGACGGCUCUGCUGCUGCGUAUCAGUCACAGAUGAUGCUGCGAUUCGUGGUCGUCUGGAAUGAGAUUGUGAACUCGUUUCGAGAGGGAGACCUCGUGGAUGACAAGGAAGCAGCUAUAUUGCAGUAUGACAUCCAGAGCUCUGGUGACGUCUUUGAGCCUGUGUUUCUUUCUGCCGGCAAGCUCGUGGAGGCUCUUGACUACACUGUGAAGCUUGGGAAAGAAGGCAAGGGCGACUCGCAGCUGCAGGUGUACAUGGUACAAAAAGACUGCUUGUCGGCCGUGCGCAGCUUCUUUACCGCCAGCAUGUACGUGAUGGAAGCUCUUCUGGGAAGUGACGAUGCCGACAUUCUCGACGCGCUUCGCCAGAUGGAGACGAUUGCUGCAAACGGUAGCUUUAUGAGCACGUUUGACGCGAAGAGCUUGGUGCAGCUGCGCACGGUGUCCAUGGAAUUUUUGGAGGCUGUAAUGGAUCUCCCUGACCCAGAUGCUCAGUCUUCACACUUGGCGACGUCAAGGGUCCACACGAUGGGCGUCGUUCGCAAUUUUGUGACAAAGAUGGAGAAUUUGCUCAACGCUAUUCGUAUCUUUGCGAACCGCCCCGAGCUUGCUGCGAAGUUCAGCAACUCCAGGUUUUGCACUAGCGCAAACGGCUACGUGUUUGCUGCGCGUGGCCUCGUAAACCUGUUUCACAACGACACAGCGAUGGGUGCUGCUACCCGUGCGUAUCUUUUGAUGUCGCUCGAGAAGGCUGAUGCGAUGCCACGCGUUCCGGAGGCUCAGCGUCGUCUUGGCUUCUUCAUGAAGUCUCUUUUGAUGGACAUUCCGCAGCUUCCGUCCGUGAAAGAGAUGCAUUCGUUCUCUGUUGUUACGCCGUAUUACAGCGAGAGCGUGUUGAUUUCUCUGUCGGAGUUGAAUGACCCGUUGGUGAACCACCCUGUGUUUGAGAAGGUCGAGGAGAAAGGCAAGAACAUUACUAUCCUGAAAUACCUCAUUACAAUUCACCCCGAAGAAUGGGAGAACUUUCUAGAGCGUAUUGAUGUGAGCACUGCCGAGGAAGCUCAGGCGAAUUUCCCGCUGGAGAUUCGUUUGUGGGCUUCGUACCGUGGCCAGACGCUGGCGCGUACCGUCCAGGGCAUGAUGCUGUAUGAGGAUGCGAUCAAGAUUUUGCACUGGUUGGAGAUUGGCUCAAGUCCUGGCAAGUCGGCUGAGCAAAAGCAGGCUCAGCUGGAAGACAUGGUGCGCUUGAAGUUCUCGUACAUAUGUGCAUGUCAAGUGUACGGCAAGCAUCGGGCGGAGAAUAAGGCUCAGGCUGACGACAUUGACUAUCUACUGAAGACGUACCCGAACUUGCGCGUGGCCUAUGUAGAUACCAUUGUUCAUGAUGAAGGCAAGCAGUUUGACACCGUGUUGAUCAAGAGCGAGGGAAAUGAGAUUGCCGAGGUAUACCGUUACGAACUGCCUGGUGACCCAAUUCUUGGCGAAGGUAAGCCCGAGAAUCAGAACAAUGCGCUCCCGUUCACGCGCGGCGAGUAUCUCCAGACCAUUGAUAUGAACCAGCAGCAUUACUUUGAGGAGUGUCUCAAGAUGCCGCAGCUUCUGGUGACCGCUGACCUGCAUCCUUCGAAGAAGCCAGUGUCAAUCAUCGGCAUGCGUGAGCAUAUUUUCACGGGCAACGCGUCGUCGCUGUCGAAGUUCAAGUCGUGGCAAGAGCUGGUGUUUGUGACCCUCUCCCAGCGUGUGCUGGCCGAUCCACUGUACGUGCGGAUGCACUACGGUCACCCCGAUAUCUUCGACAAGGUCAUCGCGAUGCCUCGCGGUGGUGUAUCGAAGGCUAGUAAGGGCAUCAACUUGUCAGAGGAUGUGUUUGCUGGCUUCAACUCAACGCUUCGGGGUGGUGUGGUGACGCACGUAGAGUUCAUGCAGUGUGGCAAGGGUCGCGAUGUGGCUCUUUCACAGAUAUCUAUGUUCGAGGGUAAGCUGGCAAAUGGUGCUGGCGAAACGUCUCUUGCCCGCGAAGCUCACCGCAUGGGCCAGUUUAUGGACUUCUUCCGUCUGAACUCGAUGUACUACUCGCACACCGGUUUUUACUUCGCCACGUGGAUGACAAUCGUAACGACGUUCGUGUACAUGUAUUGCAAGGUGUAUUUGGCACUGGCUGGUGUGCAGCAGCAGGUGGUAUACAACAUGAACUCAACGGCUGUGAUAACAGACAACAUUGCGAACAACUUCGAUGAGCGAGUGUUCAAGGAUUUGAAGGCCGUGCUCAACACCCAGUUCUACAUCCAAGCCGGUUUUUUCCUUAUGCUUCCGCUCAUGUGCGUGUAUUUUGGUGAAGGUGGUUUAGUACGGGGUAUGACGCGUUUUGUGGACAUGAUCAUAACGCUCGGACCCGCGUUCUUCGUUUUCCAAGUGGGUACGACGAUGCACUACUUCGACAACAACAUUGUGCACGGCGGUGCCAAGUACCAGGCAACAGGUCGUGGUUUCAAGAUCUCACGUGAGACGCUGGUGCUGCUGUAUAAGGCAUACGCAAGUUCACAUUACCGGAAAGCCUGGGAGCUGAUGGGUUUGUGCCUCGUGUACGGAGUGUUUGGUAACUUCUACAUUUGUCAAACGGAUGCUUCUGCAAACGACAACACGUUCGCGUCGGAUUAUUGCGAGACUGCUCAGGCCUACGGUGUGCAGACGUUCUCUGUGUGGUUCAUCUCGAUUUUAUGGGUGAUUGGCCCGUUCCUGUUCAAUAGUGACGGUCUUGACUUGAAGAAGACGAAAGUAGACGUCCAACAGUGGUGUACAUGGAUGUUUGCUGAGGAGAGUUACAAAGACGAUGAUCCAGCAAACAAGGGUGGCUGGAUAGGCUGGUGGAAGGGAGACCUCGAACAGCUCCACAACUCGAACAUGAUUUCGCGGGUCACUGUCGUGCUUCGCGAGUGCCGACACUUUCUGCUGAUGUUUUACGUGGCUACUCUUGAAACGUCCGAUGUGAUGUACGUGGCGUACUCGUUUGGCGCAGCUGUAGCGACGGUCGCCCUCCUGGGCGUAUUCCAUGUUUUUGGCAUGAGCUUGCGGUCGAUGAAACCAGUCGCUCGCGCUGUAGUCUACCUUGCCACAAUGCUCGCCAUGAACACCGCGUACUUUUUGGCUACCUGGAUCAUCAUGGGUUGGACUUUCAAGUACUCAGUUUCGCUAUGGUUUGCGUAUGUGGCUGCCCUGUACGGCAUCAACGAAUGCUUCCGCAUGUGGAGUUUCCCGGGCUCAUCGAUUGCUAGCGUUUCGGUUUUCCAGCAGCUGCAAUUUCUGUUCGACUUUAUUUUCUGCACCGGUAUGAUCAUCCCUCUGGUAGUCAUGUCAUGCGUUCCGUUUUUGAACAUUAUCCAGACACGCAUGAUGUACAACGAAGGGUUUUCGAAGGUCAUGUCCGCGUCGUCGCAGUACGCCUUCUCUCUAGCAGCUUUUAUGGGUGUUUUGGGUGGCACCGGCAUUGGCUGGCUCUUCAACCUCCUGUCGACGCUAGAGCAGUCAGCCAGUUUUGCAAGUUACGCAGUGACGUAUGAUGGUGUGCUCAGUGGAAACGUUGGCGACGGCACGACUACAUACAUGCUCUAUAUCGCAUGUGUGGUGGGCACGAUCAUUGCUGGUUUCUUGAACUUUUUCCUCGGGCGUCGUCUAGCCAUCGUUGCUGGUGGCCUCUUUAGCACUCUGGGCAUGGUAGCUGUGAGUGCCAACGAUGACCUCCGUUCGGCGUUACUGAUGCCUGGUAUUGGUUUGCUCGGUGCUUCGUGCGGUAUUCUGCUACCGUCUCUGGCUAUCUACAUCUUUGAGAUUUCCACGAAAGAGAUGCGCGGCAAGGCCGUGUUGUUGUUGGGCUUGGGCUUCGUUGCUGGCAGCUUGCUGGGAGGUAUUUUUGCGACGGUGAACCAGUUGGGAUGGAUUUGGCAAACAUUUGCCGCUUGCAUUAUCAUUGCGCUGGUCACACCGGUGGUGAAUGUGUUUCCAGAGAGUCCGUAUUGGGUACUGGAUCGCAAGGGCUGGGAUGCGUGCGAAGCAUGUUUGGUGAUUUUGCGACGCAAGCCUGAUGUGCAGGAAGAGCUCAAGAUCAUGCGUGAAGAGGAGACUGCUGACGACACUGGCGCAGGCGCCUUCAAAUUCCUCAUCGGUCUAUUGCUGAUGCUGGUGUCGUCGCUGACCACAGGCUUCCUCAACGCCUUCAUCAGCUACAAGGCAGCUAGCGAGUACACUGAUCAGGACCAGCUGUUUGUGAACGGCAUGGCACUGCAAGUCUCGGGCGCUGUGAUCGCCUUCUUCUUCAUCGACAAGUUGGACCACAAGUCCAUUUUGUUUGGAACGCUCAUCCCAGUGGGUACCUGCGCGGCUCUGCUGGGUUUCAACGAGUCGUCCGACUUUCUCGGCGAUCCAGGGGGUUCUGGCUUGUACGUCAGCCUGGUCGUUAUGCUCAUGUACUUCUUCAUGGGAUUGGGCACGAGCUCUGCGCCGUGGUCGGCCUGCGUCGGCAUGUUCAACACCCGCGGUCGGGCCUCAUCGACCACGGCGCUAUUUUCAGUCUUCUUCUUGGCGGACCUGGGCUACGUGUACAUGCACACGGUAGAGUCCCUCAUGUCGAAAGAAUACCUGCACCUGUACGCCAUUGCAGGUUCCUGCGUCGUAUCGCUGGUGCUACUGAUGGGUGCAGGUACGAAGAAUAACGGCGUCAUUUGCACAAAGGGUGAAGCCAAGCGCGACCGUGAACGCGUCGCCCGCAUGCGCGCCGAGCGCGGCAGUCGCGCUACGCGGACCCAUGGAAGUGCUCGCCAGCGAAACCUCAGCCGUGUGCGCUCCAAGUCCAACGGAGGUAGUCAGCGGGGAAACCCUGCGGGUGGCGGCUACCAGAUGUACGAAACGCCCGCGAAUGCCGCGCCGCCACUCAUGCACGCGCGUGCUUAG